GCGAAAUAAAGACCAACGCAGCGAAACACACAAGUAGGCUGCUAGCUGAGAGGGCAGCAUGGCGGGGCUUCAGGACUUCCAACAACGCAGCCACUGUCACAGGAAAACAUGGAUCAAUAUACUAUUAGGAAUACUACAAUUACUUUUACCCUGCGUACAGCACGGAGGGGCGCAGCUGCAAGCUCUGUCCACCAGCGUGGUCGAGGUCUGGCAACCAGAGGAAGCAGACCCAUUCGUCCAACUUCAGGUGGAGAAUGAGCGACGAAAAGAUGGUCUUCCAUUGGAAGACAGCUCCUCUCUAUAUUCACAGGAGAAUGGGAGGCCCUUGCUUUUCCAGCCCCCUGUGUUGGAGUUUGGGACGCAGCCGCUGGGGCUGCCAAGAGCUGAAACCAUAUAUAUACACAACCCCAGCCAGGAAGUUCCUGUGACACUGCUGUCGAUGUUUACAUCCAGCAGGCAUUUUUACAUACCUUUCUUUCACAGAAGAGUGAUCCCACCCCGAGGGAAGGCAUCUUUUAAACUAAUUUUCCUCCCGUCUGAGGAGGGCAAUGUAGAAAACACAUUAUUUAUAAACACAUCGGCCCAUGGGCUGCUGUCAUACCAGGUUUUUGGUGUGGGAGAUCACUGGGGUUCAUUAAAGUCUGUCCAAAGAAAGGACAGUCUGCUAGUAUUCCCUCACAUCCAGAGCAUUAAGCUGACCCAAACUCAGGAAGAUGCUUCCAACAUCACCAUACUGGGUCUACUCCUGGAGUGCAGCUUACCCAAUAGUUGGUUCAACAAUCCUCAGGGGUCCUGCCUCCAGAGCGAGGAGCGCCUCAGCCUGCAGAUUAAUCUGUCUGCGCGUGGUGACCGGCCCACUGACCUGGACAAGCUCAAGCCUUACGUCAUUGAGCACAUUUUGGUGCUGCUGAUGGCCCCCACUGAUGGACAGGCUGCAGUAGGGGAACCAAACAUAGGAGUUUACAUGUUAAAUUCUGGAAGCAAGAAGCUCUAUGUAAAGGACAUGCAGGUGUUAUUGAAAGUGGAGGCCAGCCUGGAUUGUAAUCAGGUUCUUCUGAGACCAGAGGCAAAGAACUUCACAGAAGUGGCUACACUGGCCUGCACAGAUUCUUUGCCAGGCCACGUGGGGAAAUGCAUGAAUCAUAUCCGUUUAAAAGUUCUGGGAGACCAGACCACCUACAUAUUCCCUGGACUACAUAUCGCACACAGAAGGACCAUGGGGGAUCUGUUCAGCCUGGUCCAGGUGAAACAAAGUCACGCAGACCAGGUGGAUCUGUGGCUGACUAACUCCCUCCUCCUGCCCCUCACUGUGACGAGCGCCAGCCUCUCACAGAAGCUGCAGGGAGUAAUGAAGGUGAUGAACUUCAGCGCUCCGCUGACGGUUCCCCAGGGCUCCUGGCAUGUCCUGUCCCUCCAGCUCAGCAAGACCCUUCUUCUCAACCAGGUGUUCACCCUGAGACUGUACACCAGCCUGGGAACAGUCCUGCACAUUCCCGUCUACUUCCACUCGUCUCCUUCCGAGCAGGGGGAUGUGUCGUUUGAGGCCGAACAAGAGUGUGGACGGCCUUGCCCUCUCAGAUUGUCAGACUCAGGCCGUUCAGAGUGGCAGCGUUCACUCCUCCCCGACUUUUUCUCCUCCUCUUGGGCUGUUGACGGCAAACUGGCUGCUGAGCUCUGCUCUCGCUGGCAGAGCCACAAGGACAAACUGUCUUGCAGGUGGCCCAGACUCCCUGUAGAGACGUCUCUUCCUCUGGACUUUGGUGCUACACCUGUCAAUGAGAGCAAGGUGAAGACGUUCAUGCUGAAGAAUCCGUCCUCUUCGGUGGUUUCUGUAGAAAUUCGGAUCCUCUCCCUGUACCCGGCCCCACUGGAGGCUCUGGACUUCCUUACCAGAUGGUUUAAUAUCAGCCCUCUUUCUGUCAACAUCAGCUCCACAGAGUUUUCUCUCUUGGCUUCUCCCCCCAAGGCGGGUGAGCAUGUGGGAGACAUAUCGGGGGAGGGUGUCCUGCAUCUGCUGCUGCAGCCCUGGGAGGCCAGAGAAGUUGCCGUGCUCUUUACUCCCUCUGAACACAAACCCACCACCACUAUUCUCAUCAUCAGGAACAACCUGACGGUGUUUGACAUGGUGAUGGUGCAGGGCCACGGGGCCAAAGAGCUGCUUAGAGUCGGAGGCAAACUGCCUGGCCCUGGAGCCUCUCUGCGCUUCAAUGUCCCUCAAUCAACUCUAAUGGAGUGUCGUGAUGUCCUGCGCGCCAACAAGCCGCUGUUCGCCAUCAGAAAGAGUUUCAAAGUGGAGAAUGCUGGAGAGCUUCCUCUGACAGUCAUGUCAAUGAAUAUUAACGGCUAUAAGUGUCAGGGAUUUGGCUUUGAGGUCUUGCAGUGUCGCCCCUUUAGCCUGGACCACAACACUUCCUCUGAGAUCACCAUUGCCUUCACGCCAGACUUCACUUCAUCCUGGGUGAUCAGGGACCUCACCCUGAUGACAUCACGCGGCACUUCUUUCCCUUUCACCUUGAACGUGACGCUGCCCCACCACAUGUUGCCUCUCUGCGCCCAGGUGGUUCCUGGCCCCAGCUGGGAGGAAACUUUCUGGAUGGUUACCCUCAUCUUCACGUGCUUCUCUCUGUUUGGUGUGUGCUUGAUGGCCUUGCAUCAGGCCCAGUAUAUCCUCAAUGAGUUCUCCUCACCCAGCAUCAGAAGCAACCACAACUCUGUCCUGUCCCGCGACAACGAAUCCGUCAAUAACAUCACACCCAAUGGCCUAAACAAAACAAAGGGCAGUUGUAAGAGUUAUGUGGACACCUGUCACACCUCUGACAAAGGAAAGGGGCGUGGUUCUCCAGCCCUGGCAAACAGCCCUGCACAGCGACCUCAACCAUCCUCAAAGAGAGGCUCCUUAACCACCCCAGCCCAAGCACCGAAGAAACACAAGGUUUCACUCUAUUACACCAAAUACAAGUCCAGCUUGUCCACAGCAGCACCUGAUGCUGUUAUGAUGGAUGAAGAGAAUGAAGACCUGACACCGGACCCUCCUCUGACCCCAGACUCCGACGUCUGCAACAACAACGAACCGGCUUUCAUCAGUGAGCUCGAUAAAAAGAUUUCUGCAGACUUUAAAGAAGACUCCAACAGCAACGUAGAAGCUAGAGUGCCAGCAGCGGUUAUGUUUCCCAUGGAAACGCCUGCUAGUUUCCCAGAUAACGUGACAGUAGGUCCAGGACCUAGACCCGGCCUAUUGGUGUGCAGACCAGUAGAAAAGAAGUGCACUGAGCAAUACGCAGAGAAGAUCAACUCUGAGAAAAGGGACGGCUCUGAAAUAGAGCUAAGAGAAGAAAGCAAGGGCCAGAAAAAGAAAGCACAGAGUGCAGAGACUGGCACUGCAUCAGGAAAUAAUAAGGGAAAGAGGAGUCGCAGGAAGACAGAAAACGUCUCCAGCGCACCUGAGCACAAUGUGAUCGUGAUACCAGAGAGGGAGAAGGAACCUGAUUGGAAAGAAGGCGAGCGUAACAUCAGCAUACCUCGCAACAGGAACCGCUGCUGCAACAUCUCCAAGUCAGAAGCACCAAAGCCCGAACUGAGUGUUGAGAGCCCCCUCAAACAGAACGCAGGUGUGUGUCCUGCUCGUACUCGACGUAAGUGUGCCACAGAGCGUCGUGGUGGGGGAGUGUGUGAGUCCGGCUCGGACUCCGGCAGCUCGUCGGGCAGUGUGCGGGCCAGCAGAGGGAGCUGGGGCAGCUGGAGCAGCGCCAGCAGCAUGGAGGGGGAGAAAGACCCCAACGCCCGAACCCACGCCUACACUACCUCAUCUAGAAAAAGGGAGCCCAUGCAGUACGGCAACUACCCAGUAGAGAGAGACUGCUACCAGAACAUGAAUAAAAACUACAAGGCUCUCAGCAUGAACAGCUUGUACCGUAAAGACGUGUGCCAAAGCCCCGAUCCCCCAGCGCACAGCUUCGCCCCGAGCUUUGCUGCCGUUGCCGCAGGAGUUGAGCGGAACAUGGAUCUGACAGGCCAGUAUCAGCCUGAAAAGACGUGGUCCGCUCCAUCCAUCCCCCUCACCAAUGAGUUCAGAUACAACACCACCGAAGCCCUGCCCUACAUACCUCAGCCACCAACCACCGCCUCAUACAACGGGUUUACCUGGAGUAGUGCCAACAGCCAUUGCAACAGUCCCUACACCUACAGUGAGGAAAGGAAAUACAUAGGAAAUGGAACAUUUCCAAGUGGUUAUCCCGGUCAGGAGGUCCAGCAUGCACACAGCAACCAGACCAGCUGGAGUGAAGAGCAGCCUCAGGAGUCGCCCUCAACCUGGGACACAGCAGCCUGUGUGGGCAGCAAGCCAUACUUCUCGGGAACCCGCAGCCUCUCUCCCAUGUCCAGCCUGUUUGGAUCCAUUUGGACGCCUCAGAGCGAGCCCUACCACAGCCACUUCCAUCCUGAGCGAUCAGCCCCGAUGUCCCCCGUAUCCCCCGUCUCUCCCAUCACCCCGCCGCACUCUCCCUUCACCCGGGAGCCAGAGGUGCCUUGCGCACCGAUGCUAUACUCCAGCUUCAACCCCUUCGGCCCUCACAUGAACCUGGACAUAUGGAACUCUUCCUCCAACCGCAGCUCCAACUCACAACUCUCCAACGACUCUGGCUACUGUGGAGAUGUUUAAAAUACAUUUAAAAAAACAGAAAGCGGCUCACCUUAACAAUAAUUGCAAGCAUAUAAAAUCAUGUUAUGUAAAAGAAAGGAAAUAAAAAUGAAUGUUCUUUUAUCAUUAAUGGGGAAAAUGUGAAUAUUCCUUUUCUUUUAUGUUCCCAUUUUCAAAUGUUAAAUGUUGUGAAAGGUUUAGCAUUUGUUGUAUAUUUUUCUAGAUGUUUUGCAGUUUUGAUCAUAGAAAAUAAAAAAAGGUUUUGUACUUGAAAAA